CCCGAGUUAGGACGUGUGCGUGUAGUAGAAAAAAAAAAGUUAAAGCUAUUUUUUUUCUUGUCCCAAAACUGUGUUGAAAAAAAUUAUUUUCUUCUUAAGAUAAUGGACCAGUUUUUAGUUUAAGAUUUUCCAAAAUAUACAAAGGUUAUCAAAACAGUGCUAGGUGAAGAAAUUUAACUUCAACAGCAAGAAAAUUAUCAAUUAACUUUAAGUGAAAAAAUACAUUUCUGUGAAUAUGGUUCAAACAUGCGGCAGUGGGGAAGUCGAUUUCAAAGAACGCCUAAUAUGCUCUGUAAAACGAGAAGUAAAGCAGCUAAUGGAAGAGGCAGUAACGAAGAAGUUUAUCAAUGAAGACAGUAAUGCAGUGACAGCACUUUGUUCUGCUGUGGAGGCUUGUCUCAGUCAAGGCCUUCGACGACGAGCAUUGGGAUUAUUCAAGACAUCUUCCACAACAGCACUUUUGCAUAAAAUCGCAAAAAAUUGUCCUGAAGCUGACGUGAUAAGCAAAAAAGUUCAGGAAACAGAGAACAUCGACAAGAGAUCAGCAAGUACCAGCACAGAUAGUAUUCACAAAGCACCAUUGCUUAAAAAAGGUAGCAGCAGUUCUGUUUCGGCCCCUAAUCCUCCGGCAAAUGUACCAGUUGUAAGAUAUCUCUGGAUACGACUGGCUUUAUUCGAAAAAAAGUUGGCAAAAAUUAUUGAGUAUUUAGCAGCAAACGCAAACAACUAUUAUGAUAAAGAUUCAUUGGUCGCAGAUCCAGAUUGUGGAUCUAUUUUAAGCUCUUUGUUGGUUGGACCUUGCGCUUUGGACUUUACACGAGCUAAGACAGCUGAUCAUUUUUGGACAGAUCCACAUGCUGAUGAAUUAGUUCAGAGACACAGAAUUAGUACUGGAACAAGACAACCAUCAACUGUUCAAAGACCUAUUAUAAAUUUUAAACGAAGUCUUCAUGCUAACUCUGAAGAUUCAACUUCAUCUUCUUUCAAAUCAAGUGGUUCAGUAAGUGUGGCGAAGGAUUACGUUGAGUCACUGCAUCAGAAUGCCAGGGCAACACUUUUAUAUGGAAAGAAUAAUGUUAUGGUUCUGCCGAAAGAUGUAAAAGAAUCAAUGCCUGGAUAUCUAAGUCUCCAUCAGCAUGUCCAAACAUUGAUCAUAAAAUGGACUCCCAAUCAAUUGAUGAAUGGUCAUAAUGAAGUUGAAGUCAAUGAUAAAAGUUCCUACUGGGACUAUGCUCUAAACAUAAAUGUAAGCGACAUCGUUUACGUUCAUUGUCAUCAGAGUCGCGGCGAGGAUACUGGAGGAACUAUAAUCCUCGUCGGGCAAGAUGGCGUACAACGUCCUCCAAUACAUUUUCCGGAAGGAGGUCAUAUGCAGGCUUUUUUGAGUUGCUUGGAAACUGGCCUCUUGCCGCAUGGUCAACUUGAUCCACCACUAUGGUCUCAGAGAGGAAUAGGAAAAUUGUUAGCUUGGCCUAAAUUUGGUCGUAGACGCAUUCUCUCAUCGCUAAUGGAAUCCACUGAAGAAACGCCAAUUGAUUAUGUUUUCAGAAUUGUUAGCAAGAGCAAUCAUGAAGAUUUUUUGGCUGUACAUCCAAUACUUGAGUUGGGACGAACAAGCCCUCGUCGGGCACAAUUAAGUAGCUGUUCGACAAAUGGAAGUAGUGAUUAUUCAAGCAAGAGCAUUUCUAUAGACCAAGUAUCGAUAGACUCGCCACUAAUACAAGGCAAUCAGACUGCCAGCAUUGAGCUGGUGUGCUCUACAAUGAGACGUCAAAUUAUAUCGCGAGCUUUUUAUGGAUGGCUGGCAUAUUGCAGACAUUUAUCAACUGUGAGAACUCAUCUUUCUGGUUUGGUUAAUGGAAGAAUUACACCGGAAUUGGGAACUGAUGAGAAGGGCUUGACUAAAGAACGUUGGGAUGCCUUAAAUGUCGAUGGGGUGGUGACAAAUGAAACAGAAGUUUUUCGCUUGGUCUACUUUGGAGGUGUUGAACCAGAGCUGCGCAAACAAGUUUGGCCAUAUCUUUUGGGACAUUAUAGUUUUGGAACAGUGCCUGAAGAACGUGAAAAACUGGACGAAGAAUGUAAGCACUAUUAUGAAACAACAAUGAGUGAAUGGCUUGCUGUCGAAGCCAUAGUCCGCCAAAGAGAUAUGGAAAAAACUGCAAAAGCUGUUGCCAAAUUAAGUUCGGGAAGUGGAAGCGUUGAUAAGACUCGAGUUGACAUAGAUGAAGAUAUAGAUAAUGAAGUAUUUGUGGAGCAAGACAUUUCCGACAUAUCAGAUCCCUGUCAGGUGGAACCAAAUAGAUUGGCUUGUCCAAAGACCAGAAAUAUGAAAAACAGCACCGAUUCGGGGAAUGUUGAGGACGUUGAAACUCAAGACGAGAUGGUUCAUUUUGAAAGUUCAAAUAAUGACAUAAAAACACAGUCGACUGCAACAACAUUUAAAAACUCAAACAUGCAGAAGGGAACAAUUAAGAUUGUGUCAAUUGAAGAAGAUAACUUAAGUGAAAGUACUGCUGAAGGUAUUAAGGAAGGUAUAGUGUUAAAAAGUGAUCCUUGUUCACCAUCAACAUCUUCAUAUGAAACUGUUGGCAAUGAUUUUGUUGAAGGAAAUAUUUCAGUGCAAGGGACUGACGUUGCAACAGAGAUUCCAGAAUUCCAUAGUGUAGAUGAUAUUAAGGGAGAAUUUGCUGAUGUUUUUGAUGAAGAAAAUAUAAUAGAACCGAAAAUUUUAAUACCUCCAGCUGCUGUGAUUGUGACAGAUGCUUCAAUUGAUAUUACAAACAUUGAAGCUGAAUAUAAGAAUUCGGAGGAUAGAAAUGCAGGAGAUUUGCCUUCAGUUCUAGAAGAGGUUGGUGUUACAUCUAUGGAUGCUCUACAGGAACCAAAGUCAGUUUGUGUUUCGCCUGCCAGUUCAAAUGGAGGAGUUUACAGUUGUGAGUUACUGGAGAAUUUCGGACUGAAUUUGCAUAGAAUAGAUAAAGAUGUUCAAAGAUGCGAUCGUAACUAUUGGUACUUUGCCAAUGAAAAUUUGGACAAACUGCGGAAUGUUAUUUCAACCUACGUUUGGGAGCAUUUGGAAGUUGGCUAUAUGCAAGGAAUGUGUGAUUUAGUAGCACCGCUUUUAGUAAUAUUUGACGAUGAAUCUUUGAGUUACAGUUGUUUUUGUAAAUUAAUGGAAAGAAUGAUUGAAAAUUUUCCUAAUGGAGGAGCAAUGGAUAUGCAUUUUGCUAACAUGAGAUCUCUCAUCCAAAUUCUGGACUCAGAAAUGUACGACCUCAUGGAUUCUCAUGGAGACUAUACCCACUUCUACUUUUGCUACCGUUGGUUCCUAUUAGAUUUUAAACGAGAGCUCGUUUAUGCAGAUGUCUUCUCCACAUGGGAAGUAAUUUGGGCAGCAAAGCACGUUGCAAGUGCACAUUUUGUACUUUUCUUGGCAUUAGCCUUGCUCGAAACCUAUAGGGAUAUAAUUCUAUCUAAUAGCAUGGACUUUACUGAUGUAAUAAAAUUUUUCAAUGAAAUGGCUGAACGUCACAAUGCACAAUCCGUACUUCAAUUAGCUAGAAGUUUGGCACUGCAAUUGCAAAUGAUAAUUGAAAAUAAAUAGAUCUUCUAAUUUUAAA